UGACCAUUCUAUUUUGUUUUUCUUAAAUCUAUAAAUUAAGAGUUUUUGAAUCAGUGGAGAUGAUGUUCUGAGGACAGGAGGUAUUACAGGCAGUGAGUGAUAAUGUAAUAUCAUUUUUAUAGAGGAAAUCAAUUGAAACAGAAGGCAACAUUUGUGUUAAAAGCAUUCCAGUGAUUCUCUGAUUCAUUUCAUAUCAAUAUUAGUGACGGGUUGAAUGGAUAUUUGUAGGUUAAAUGAGCGUGUGAAUCCAGUGCAGUAAAUUUAUUUCACCACCAGAGGUCUCUGUCACCCGCUUCUGUCUGUCUGUACUAUUAUUAUUAUUAUUAUUAUUUAACUAAUAAAAGAUAUAAUAAAUACAUAAUAUAUGUAACAUGUGAGGAACAUAACAUUAACUUAUUAGUAAUGAAAUGUGAUGAUAAAAUACCACCUCAGUGCUUGUUGAUGUUUUAAACAAUAGUAGCCUAUAUUUAGUGUUUAUGUGACCUGUUUUAAGACAUGUUAUUGUCACAUUAGCACAGAUAAAGUGAGGGCAUUUGGAUUAGAUGUGAACAUAUUCAGAAAUGAAGAAAACUGCUUCACCUGUACAGGUGUUUUACCCACAGCAGACAUUUUACAGCUAAAAUGUAAACCAGCUAAACCAGUUUAUCAAAAGCGACACUAUUUCAACAGACCCAUGUCUUGUUAAAGGAACGUGAACAAUAUCACGACAGGAAAGUUGUUUGUGAGACAGAUUGGAUUUAUGAACAGAAUGAAGUUUGUGUCUGAUGUUCUUUGUUGAGACAAAGUUGUAGAUAUCUGUGCUGUUUCAAUAGCACUGCCUAUAAAAUGAGUGUCUAUGAGAAGAGAGAGGAUGAGGAUGUUCACACACAUGAAGCAGCACCUCCAGAACACAGCUGUGUGUCUAUGAAGAGUGACUGGUCCAUAGGGGUCCCACCUAAUCUCAGGGCUGAAACAAGAACCUCUGAACUUGAUGCUGCCUUUAAAAUGAGAAAGGAGGAGGUUUCUGUUCAGACAAAUAAAGCAGCAUCUCCAGAAUCCAGCUGUGUGUCUAUGAAGAGUGACUGGUCCAUAGGGGUCCCUCCUAAUCUCAGUGCUGGAACAAGGACAUCUGACCCUGAAGUGAAGAGAGAUGAUGUGAUGAGACCAGUGACGCCCCAUCUGACCUCCACUGACCCCGAAUGUCAGACCCUCACCAGGCAGAGAGUCAAAGACCAACACAAAACCAGCAUGAAGAACAAGUAUGAGAGAUUAUUUGAGGGAAUCAAACUAGAAGAGAAUCGAACCCUCCUCAACAGGAUCUACACACAGCUCUACAUCAUAGAGGGAGAGAGUGAAGGGGUGAAUAAAGAACAUGAAGUUUUACAGAUGGAGAAAACAGCCAGAACACAAGACACUCCAAUCUGCUGCAAUGACAUCUUUAAACCCUUACAUGAACCAGGAUGUGAGAAGAAAGACAAAAUCAAGACUGUUCUUACUAAAGGCAUCGCUGGAAUUGGAAAAACCGUCUCUGUGCAGAAGUUCAUUCUGGACUGGACUGAGGGAAAAGCCGGAUGUCAGGAUGUAGAUUUCAUGUUUGUGCUUCCAUUUCGAGAGCUGAACUUGAUUAAAGAUCACCAGUACAGUCUUCACAGACUUCUGCUGGACUUUCAUCCUGAACUUCAUGGUCUGGACUCAAAGAUUUAUGAGGAGUGUAAAGUUGUGUUCAUCUUUGAUGGUCUGGAUGAAAGCAGAAUUACACUGAUGUUUACAGACAUACAGAAAGUUUAUGAUGUGAAUAAAUCUUCAUCAGUGAGUGUGUUGUUGUCAAAUCUCAUCAGAGGAGAGCUGCUUCCCUCUGCUCUCAUCUGGAUCACCUCCAGACCAGCAGCAGCCAAUAAGAUCCCCUCAAAAUACAUCAACCGGGUGACAGCAAUUCAGGGAUUCAAUCAUCGUCAGAAGGAGGAAUAUUUCAGGAAGAGAAUCAGUGAUAAGCAUCAAGCCAGCAGAAUCAUCUCACACAUUAGAAGAUCAAGAAGCCUCCACAUCAUGUGUCACAUACCCGUCUUCUGCUGGAUCUCAGCCACUGUGCUUCAGAACUUACUGAAACAAGAUGACAGUGCAGAAAUCCCUCAAACUCUGACUGAAAUGUACAUCCACUUCCUGCUGACUCAGAUCAACAUGAAGAAUCAGAAGUAUGAUGAGAGAGAUCCAAAGAAACUCCUGAAGACCAACAGAGACAUGAUUGUGAAACUUGCUGAACUGGCUUUCAAACAGCUGAUGAAGGGCAAUGUGAUGUUCUAUGAGGAGGACCUGAGAAACAGCGGCAUACACGUCACUGAUGCCUCAGUGUAUUCUGGGAUUUGCACUGAAAUCUUUAAGCAGGAAUCUGUGAUUCAUCAGAGGAAAGUCUACUGCUUCAUACAUCUGAGCUUUCAGGAGUUUUUAGCUGCUUUCUAUGUGUUAUACACACAUGUAGUCGAGAAUGAGGAAUCACUGAUAUCGAUUGUACGUGAUUUGGAGUUUAUAUCGACAGUUUCAGGGAUGUGUGGAAUUGUUGGGCCUGAAGAAUAUCACCUGUACGGUGUUAAAAUCUCUCUGGAUGACCUACAAGAAGCAGCUGUUGAUAAAUCCUUAAAGAGUAAUAAUGGACACCUAGAUCUUUUUCUGCGGUUCCUGAUGGGCGUCUCACUGGAGUCUAAUCAGAAACUCUUACAGGGUCUACUGACACACACAGUGAACAGCUCAAGGUUUUCCGGUGCAAGAAGUUACAUUCAGAACAAAAUCAAGAGUGAUAGUUAUUAUGUAAGUCAACAUCUCUCAGCUGAGAGAUGCAUUAAUCUGUUUCUCUGUCUGCUGGAAAUGAAGGAUCAGACUCUGUACAGAGAGAUUCAGGAGUUUGUGAAAUCAGAGAAUCACUCAGCAAAGAAACUCUCUUCAUCUCACUGCUCAGCAAUCGCCUACAUGCUUCAGAUAUCAGAGGAGAUGCUGGAUGAAUUUGAUCUGAAGAAAUACAACACAUCAGAUGAGGGUAGAAGGAGACUGAUACCAGCUGUGGUGAACUGCAAAAAAGCUCUACUUGAUGACUGUAAUCUCACUGGUCAGUGUUGUGAAAGUUUAUCUUCAUCUCUACAAUCAUCAAACUCACUGAGAGAGCUGGACCUGAGUCACAACGACCUGCAAGAUUCAGGAGUGAAGCUUCUGUCUGAUGGACUGAAGAGUUCAAACUGUCAACUCAACAUACUGAGAUUAUCUGGCUGUAUGGUGACAGAGGAAGGCUGUCGUUAUCUUGCUUCAGCUCUGAGUUUAAACCCCUCACACCUGAGAGAGCUGGAUCUGAGCUACAAUCACCCAGGACAAUCAUUAGUCAAGCUGCUCUCUGAUCCAAACUACAGACUGGAAAAACUCAAUGUGGAUCAUGGAGGAGAGUUCAGGAUUGUAGCAGGAAUACAAAAAUACAUCUGCAAUCUCACACUGGAUUUAAACACAGCAAACACAUGUCUGUCUCUGUCUGAGAGGAACAGAAAGGUAGAACAUGUGAAAAAGAAGCAGCCGUAUCCUGAUCAUCCAGAGAGAUUUGAGAGAUUUCCUCAGGUUCUAUGUAGAGAGAGUCUGUCUGGACGCUGUUACUGGGAGGCUGAGUGCAACGGGAAGCCUGAUAUAUCAGUGACAUAUAAAGAAAUAAGCCGAAAAGGAAAGAAUGAUGACUGCAGGUUUGGAUACAAUGAAAAAUCCUGGAGUCUGAUCUGGAAAAAUUACAAAUUCUUUGUUAGACACAAUAAUAAGAAAACAGCCAUAACUCCCCCUUCACAUCGCUCUAACAGAGUAGGAGUGUAUCUGGACUGGUCGAUCGGCCGUCUGUCCUUCUACAGUGUCUCUAACACACACACACUCACACACUUACACACAUUCAACACCACAUUCACUGAACCCGUCUAUGCUGGAUUUAGGGUUUGUUAUUCUGGUAGUUCAGUGUCUCUUUGUGAGAUUAAACCACUUUCUGUGAGAAACAAGUCAGACACACACAGAUGAGAAAAAGAAACACUCACAUUAUGUAUUUAACUUACACAGCUGUAAACUCCUUCUCUAUUCUAAUAUAACACAUGUUGGCUUCUAAAUGAGACCACAGUUUUUAAACAAAGACAUAUGAAUGCAGCUCAACAGGAGUUUUUUUGAGUCUCUAAGCACCACCUGCAGGAAGAUUUAGUUUCUCACUCACAGGAAACAGUUCUUAGCAAAUGCACAGGUCAGUCAGAGCUCAUCUUCUAAACACUGUUCAUCACAAAUCUUAAAGGCUGUGGAGCUCAUUUUACGCUCUAUGUGGAAGCUAGAUGUCUCUUCCUGAUUGUUUAUUCUCACAAUCAGUGUUUGGGAAAGUUACUUUUAAAAGUAAUGCAUUACGAUAUUGAGUUACUCCCUAAAAAUGUAACUAAUUACGUUACUUAGUUACUUUUUAUGGAAAGUAAUGUGUUACUUUACUUUUGCGUUACUUUUUAAAUCUAAGCAGGGCUUGCUUGUUUGUGUUUAAUAUAAAAAGUUCUGUUUUUGGCAAAUGUAAAAGCCUUUUCACACCAAAAGCCUCAGGCUUUGAGAAAAGUAAAUUCAUGUACAGUAGACCGCAUAAGAAAAAUAUCAACUCUUCAGCAAUAAAAGAAAAGGAAAACAAAUGUUAGAUUAUGCUAGAUAAUAAUUUUUGCUUAUUAGUAUGGUUGAAUUGGAUCAUCGAAGGUCGGCAGCAAAGACAUCGGUUAAUAAAAUGGUAUUAAAUGCAUAAAGGAUAUUUGUAUUAUUUAACAUAUUUAAUUAUUGCAGGUUUACAUCAUAUUCUGAGUUUUUUUUUUUUUCAUUUUAGGAAUACUGAAUGUGUUUUUGUGAGUGAGAAUUAAUGAAUGUUCACAUUUAUUCUAAAACUAACAUCUUACUCCCGAUUUCUCUCAACAUGGGGACAGGAGAGCUUUUAAUCAAUAAAUGGGAGGAAAAGUAACUGGCGUUACUUAUUUGAAAAAAGAUAUUUUCUUGUCAAUUAAAAAGUAAUGCAUUACUUUAUUAGUUGCUUGGAAAAAGUAAUAAUAUUAUGUAACUUGCGUUACCCCCAACACUGCUCUCAAUCACAGUCAAACUGAUUGUUCAAUGGAGUUGUGGAUCAAAAUCAUAUCAGAUUUAGUCGUUGUGGGACCUUUUG